AUGGGGAGCAUUCAUCUUUGUUGGCAGCAGUGUAAAAAAUCCCUGAAAGAGCAGCACCAGGGUGAGCUACAGAAUCAGAAAACCGUGCAGCGGCCCAAGGUCCAUGUUCAACUGGCAGUGAACGAGAGUGACAGGCUCCAGGCCGUGCUCGAGGAAACGGAGAGGAGCCAUAAGCUGUUCAGAGGCGAGAUGGAGCAGCAGCUUCGACGCUGGGCCAAGCAGCUGACGGCGGAGUACCAGCAGCUGCACCUCUUAGUGGAGCAAAGUGGAGCCAAACAAGGAGCUGCACAGCUGCCUCUGAAUCUUACAGUAACUGAGGCUCUUGCACACCUGAGAACACUGCGAGAGGAGUUUACACACUUUAUCAACCACCUUCAGCAGGAGCUGGAUUCACAGAAACAAUCCUAUGAGCAGUUAAGAAAAGACAAGGAUCAAGAGCUGCAUUUCCAGAAACAGCAGCUGUGGCUGGAGAGAGAUCAGGCUUUGAAUUCUGUAAAAGAGCGACUCAUUCAGGAGCACAUUGAGGAGUUGAGCAGUCUGAACUGGGGUCUUGUGAGCGGUGGGGGAGCUGAGGGAGGAGCGGCAGCUUCUCUCCGCAGGCAGCUGAGAGCCAAAGAUCUGCAGCUCAGGCGGGUUCAGAGGAGUAUGGCUCAGUGGAGGGAGCAGACCGCAGCUCGCCUGGCUUGCAAGUUUGAGGAAGAAAUGACAGCUGAACUGGAAAGGUGCAAGGCAAGGUUUAUACGGGACAGGUAAUGUGUCUACGUGUCUGUGGCUGAUUAAUGACAUACUAACCAACCGAGUGUCCUCGCAAAAGCAUGAUCGCACUUCCACUCACAGUGACAGGCUGUUCAGACUACAGAUGUAACAUUAACUACACAUUUCUCCAUAUAUCUUUACUUUAUUACUUUAUAUAUCUUUACUGACUUAUAUAUCUUUACUGACGGUCCAAACGUUUCAAGGGAAGGUUUUAUUGUCUUCUAGAAAACACUCAAAAAGUGAGGCCCAAAGAAGAAAGGACACUUGGUGCAAAUGUAGGUGCAGUGAAACAGAAAGAGCAGUUUGUUCUCCAUGCAUUCAUGGGGUGGACUCUGCCUGCAGCUACAUCCCCUCAGACACGGCUUCGUUGAAGCUGCUAUGUUUCCUCCAGAGCAGAGUGAAGCAGCUCAGUGUGGAGAACCAGAACUUCACCAUCUCCUCCAGAUGAAACGCCUUUAUUUAUUGCAGUGAGUGCGCUCUCUCAACUGCAGGGGAAUUUUUGAUAACUGAUUUUAUUUUGGUUUGUUUCUGCAAUUACUGAUAUCCCCCUCACAAAUCACACAGGGUAAAGCUGAUGCUGAGAAUCACAGCCGGUCGUUGAGCAGUGCAGUCUGAAGUGAAGGACAUGAAGCCUAAUGAAACCACGCCAGCGAUACGAUGUCCUUUAAAAUGUCAAAGUUCUUCCAAGUAUUUUAAAGCUCUUAUGUGACCAUGGAUAUGAGUCAUGCAGUUUCAUGUACAAAAGGUAGCAGAUUAACAAGCAGGUCACAGUGACAGAUGACACAACCAGGCCAUCAAGGUCUCGUCUGUCUCUGCUGAGCCAGUCACAUUUGAUAGCUUAUGAGUAUAGUGAACUGUGAAUGAGUGAUGAAGGGACAUGCCAGCAGAGACUAAGAUCAUGUGAGUUAUGUCAAAUAACCUCAUAAAGAUGACACGACCUUGAGGGAAUCCUAUGUAUAAUUUGUAAUGAUAUAUUAUUCAUAGUGAGUUAAAAGAAACUGAUUUAAUUAGUGUUUAAUGAGUCUUUAUUUUAUCUUUUAAUCUGUCAACCAUACCAAGUAUUUGAGAAGACUGGAUAUGUUUUUUUCCUAUUCCAUCACGACUGCAAAGAAGUUAAUGUAGGACCACUGUUUAAUGUUCAUAUCACCAUUUAAAUACACAGUCAACAUAACUGACAUUGACUGUGGUACCAGAGUGAAUUAUCUUAUUUAGCUUGACAAAUGGGGCACUAUAAGGUUUAUAACCUCACUACUGGUUUGUUAGUUACUCUUGACCAUUCUCUAUGUGAAAGUACACUACAGGGUCAGUUUUCAGAGCACUAACUUGAGUCGUUAAUGAUCCUAAUCUCACUUUAGGCAAUGUUACAAACAUCACAACUCAGCUGAGUUGGAGGGUUGCUUGCAGCAUUCAAGAAACAUUUCAAACAUCCCUGAGUGAUGUUGCAUGAACAUUGCAGCUUUAUUACAAAACAAAGAAUAUUAAUAACACUUCAUAGCUGGUUGAAAUGCUGGUGACAUACGUAUGGAAAAUACAAACGGCUAAUAAUAAAAACCAACUUGCAUUUCCGUAACGUCUUUAAAUUCUUCAAAGAUCACAGAUGAAAUAUCUUUCACUAGAUGAUCAUCUUACUGUUAUGAAAUAACUGCAAACACAAAGCCGGGAACAGCUUGUAGUGUCCAGUUAGCAAUGCCCAGAGGUGCAGAAUAAAAAAAUCCAGAUGUUCCACACUGAUGUUUGACAAAGAGGAAAGUCCUAUUCACAAUACAUCAAUAUGAAACCAAGCAGAAUGUACAAAAUGUGAAUUGUGUUUAUUCAGGUGUGUUACAUGAAUAAAGCUGUACGAAUAAGUUGCCCGUUACAUGAUGCACGUACCUAUCUGCGAUGAAGCUCAGAGAAACAGCUCAAAAUGGCACAAAAUGAAUCACCUCUAUUCUGAUUUGAAUGAUGUCACUUAUUCAGUCCUUGAUUUUGGCAUUGCUUGUAAACUCACAAAACACCUUUACAUUUCCAUGUCCUCCUCUCCAGAGUUAACAACAGGGACGUUGUAUAGUGGAGAGUGCGUGUCUGCAGGUGGACUUGAAGGACUAAGUGGACUGUGAGGGGUGGGGGAUGGACAUGGAGUCGGGAGCUGCCGACAUACUGUCUGUUGUUUACGUUGUUUCUGUAACGAGUCCUUCAGCCUCCGACAGAAAGGAUCCUCCGGAGGACGCCAUAGCACCAGCUCCAUACCUGAAUGACUCCUGGAAGCACGAGGAAGAAGAAAGUGAAGCAGAAACGAGCAUCAGACGGGGGAUAAAAACAUAAACUUGAGGACAAGUUGACUAAUAGCAUUGAUUCACCAUUAAGAUAUUCCAGUGACAAUAAGGAGCACUUACACAGACUGGGCCACAGUGUGGGGGAGGAUGUCACUGAUGCCCCGCUGAAGACCCUCCUUUAAACUGUCCGAGAGCACCAGCACUGGCCGUCUCUGAGCCGGCUCUACAUCCAGAUCGUCAUUCUCGUCGUCAUCUUCAAGUGUUAUUCUACAAUACACAAGCAUCACAGUUUAACAUGAAUAUUUUGUCAAAGCCACAGGAUACAGUGAUGAGGGCAGAUUUACAACCUAAAAUCUGGAAAAGAUGGGAUGAUAAAGAAAAUAACAAUAGCAGGAAUUCUUACAUUUACUUUGACUUUUAUUUCUUGAUGGUACAAAUUCAAGACAUCUUGUGUGCAUCAGAAAAAGAAAAAAACUUUGGAUGGUACAAUGAUCAAUGCUGUGCUUCCUUCUUACGUCUAAAAGGUGUAUUGGGGACAUUAAUAAGUGCCCAGGUCAAAGCAGAAGCACUGGGGGGACCGAGCCUUUUAAGUUGCCGGCCCCAGGCUCUGGAAUAAACUUCCCUGUGAGUAACGUGCGAUCUCUGACCUGGCCCUUUUUAAAUCCAAAAUGAAAACAUAUUUAUUCAGGAUGGCUUUUAAUACCCAGUAGUG